CUGGCUUCUCAGUAGUGCCCGGGCUGCAGUGAGGGCUCGUGGACGUAUACAUGGGCCGGGCCUGCGAGUGUCCCAUACACGUGGACCGGGAGUAACGGGAUGGCGGCUGCUUAGCAUCGUUUUACUGAUAAGGAGCGGGAGGAAACAAUGGAAGUAAUACAAGCGGUAUAAAGGAAUGGGGCUGUGUGGCAUGUGGGCUGGAAGUAGCACUGGCAUGAGGGUGGCAGCAGGGCCUCUGCAGGAUGUAAUGGACAGGGCAGGAAUGCAGCAUCUCUGCUGAUCUGAGACUUGGGUUCAUCUGCUGCUCCAGUUCCUUGUGAGUCUUGGAGAAAAAGGAGAGCCAGGCCAGUGGUACCCCUCUGGAUCACUGAUGGGCAGGCAUGCCAGCCCUGAAUGCCCAUAUAGCUUAACCCACAUUUAGGAUGUCGGAUCCAAGUUACUGGACAGCAUUCCAUGGCUGCAAGGGUCACCUGGCAAAGGGGGCGUUACUGCAGCGCUCCAAAAGCUGUAGGAGCAACAACAGGAAGAGUUUGGUGGUGGGAUCACCCUCACCUACACUGUCCCGUCCAUUAUCACCACUUUCUAUACCUACAGCAGGAAGCAGUCCCCUGGAUAGUCCAAGAAACUUCUCCACUAGUGCAUCUGUUAACUUCCCCUUUGCUCGCAAUCAUGGACCGCGCACUGACAGAGCGGAUGGGCGUAGAUGGUCUCUGGCAUCUCUUCCCUCUUCUGGAUAUGGUACCAACACUCCAAGCUCAACUCUCUCGUCUUCCUCCUCCUCCCAGGAGAGGCUACACCAAUUGCCCUUCCAGCCCACUGCGGAUGAAUUGCACUUUCUCUCCAAACACUUCCGAAGUACAGAGAGCAUCACAGAUGAGGAAGGAAGGCGUUCUCCAUGUAUGCGUCCUCGUUCCCGAAGCCUCAGCCCUGGACGAGCAUCUAUAAAUUUUGAUAAUGAGAUCAUUAUGAUGAAUCAUGUUUACAAGGAAAGAUUCCCCAAGGCAACUGCACAAAUGGAGGAGAGACUUGAAGACAUCAUCACGAACCUCUGCCCUAGUCGGACUUUACCUCUUGCAGAUGGUGUCCUUGGCUUUAUACAUCACCAGAUAAUUGAGCUGGCCCGAGAUUGCCUGGAUAAAUCCAAGGGGGCUCUAAUUACCUCUCGAUACUUUGUGGAGUUGCAGGAGAAAUUGGAAAAGAUGCUAGAAGAUGCCUACAACCGCUCAGAGAGUGAAGAAGUUUCUUUCAUUGUUCAGCUGGCAAGAAAGUUGCUGAUGGUUAUUGCACGUCCGGCAAGACUCCUCGAGUGUCUGGAAUUUGAUCCAGAGCAAUUUUACCACCUGUUAGAAGCUGCAGAAGGUCAUGCCAAGGAGGGCCAGGGUAUAAAGACUGACAUUCCACGUUACAUCAUCAGCCAAUUGGGACUCACAAAGGACCCAUUAGAGGAGAUUGUUCAGCUGGAUAACUAUGACGCAGAAUCCACAUUGCAGCUGGAGCAAGAAGAAUUUCAAGAUACUUGUAUUUCAAGUACACCUAACAGAAAGAAACCAGGAGAGAAUGAUUUUGAAACUAUCAAACUGAUCAGCAAUGGCGCCUAUGGUGCUGUGUACCUUGUCAGACACAAAGAAACUCGCCAACGCUUUGCCAUGAAGAAGAUUAACAAACAGAAUUUGAUCCUUCGAAACCAAAUCCAGCAAGUAUUUGUUGAGAGAGACAUAUUAACCUUUGCGGAGAAUCCCUUUGUUGUCAGCAUGUUCUGCUCUUUUGAAACCCGAAGACAUCUUUGCAUGGUGAUGGAGUAUGUGGAGGGUGGAGAUUGUGCUACACUUCUAAAGAACAUGGGACCUCUUACUUUUGACAUGAGUCGCAUGUACUUUGCCGAAACUGUCCUGGCAUUGGAGUAUCUGCAUAAUUAUGGAAUUGUUCACAGAGACCUCAAACCUGACAAUUUGCUGAUCACUUCACUGGGACAUAUCAAGCUUACAGAUUUUGGACUAUCGAAAAUUGGUCUUAUGAACAUGACAACUAAUCUUUAUGAAGGACACAUUGAAAAAGACACAAGAGAGUUUUUGGACAAACAGGUAUGUGGGACUCCUGAGUACAUAGCUCCUGAGGUAAUUCUACGGCAAGGUUAUGGAAAGCCUGUGGACUGGUGGGCAAUGGGCAUUAUUCUCUAUGAAUUCCUGGUGGGCUGCGUUCCAUUCUUUGGUGCCACGCCAGAGGAGCUGUUUGGACAUGUGAUUAGUGAUGAUAUUGUUUGGCCAGGAGGUGAAGAGUCUCUACCAACCGAUGCUCAAGAUCUUAUCACACGACUUUUGAGGCAGAAUGCAAUGGAUCGACUUGGGACAGGAGGGGCACAAGAGGUAAAGCAACAUGUCUUCUUCCGCUCCUUGGAUUGGAAUGGGCUUUUGAGACAGAAAGCAGAGUUUGUGCCACAACUGGAGGCUGAUGAUGACACCAGUUAUUUUGACACACGUUCAGAACGUUAUCAUCAUUUGGCUUCCGAAGAUGACGAUGAGACCAAUGAUGAGGAAUCGUCUGUGGAAAUUCGUCAGUUUUCUUCUUGUUCACAUCGAUUCAGCAAGGUUUACGGUAGCUCUGAACAUCUUGCUGCACAACUAAAUCUCAGCUUCUCCUCUACUGAGAGAAGCCAUAGUGAUGAGAAAGAAGACCGGAGUGAGAAGUGGGAGAAAGUCUUGUCUAAAGAUGAUGAAAAAAGCCUAAUCACUUCAGAAACCAGACUAAGGUCUUGGACAUCUUCUGGGUCUUCCCAUCACUCCUGGCUAAGCGAGCGCAGUGCAAGCCCAUGUGUGCUAACCAGUACAUGUAGCCUGGACACCAUGCCCAAAUUUGCAUUUUCUUCUGAAGAUGAGACCUCUGAUCACAAGUCUGACAACCCCAUAUUCACUUUAGGUGAUAGAAAAGAGACCUCAUCAAGGCCAUCAUCACUUUGCGAUAUAGUGAGCUUAAGCCGAACUCGUCUGCGCAGUAACAGCACUGGAGCCAAAAACUCUACUCCUCGCACUCUGGAUCCCGGAAUGAGUAGGCGACUACGGGGUCAGAGAGUGACACCUGAAAAACAGAGCUCUACUCCAGGAAGUCGUGUUCCAAAAUCUGCAUCUGUUUCUGCACUCUCAUUGAUCAUUACCUCAGAUGAAUUUGCCACUGGAUCCCUUAUGAGUCCCAUAUCCCCACAUUCUCUGUCAUCUAAUCCCUCAUCCAGGGACUCUUCUCCCAGCCGAGAAACAGCAGUGGCAGUGACAAGUCUGCGUCCCCCAAUAAUUAUACAUAGUUCUGGCAAGAAAUAUGGCUUCACCUUGCGUGCCAUCCGUGUGUACAUGGGAGAAAGCGAUGUGUAUACUGUCCACCACAUGGUUUGGAGUGUAGAAGAUGGAAGUCCAGCUCAUGAAGCAGGGUUAAGGGCUGGGGAUUUGAUUACACAUGUGAAUGGAGAAUCUGUUCUUGGUCUGGUACACAUGGAUGUUGUGGAGCUUCUUUUAAAGAGCGGCACGAAAGUGUCACUGAGGACCACUCCCCUAGAAAACACUUCUAUAAAGAUUGGACCAGCCAGAAAGAACAGCUGUAAAGGUCGUAUGGCCAGAAGGACCAAGAAAAGCAGGAAAAGAGAGAAUCAGGACAGAAAGCGUUCUCUCUUCAGGAAAAUUUCUAAGCAAUCCACAGUAUUACAAACCAGUAAGAGCUUUUCCUCAGGACUACAUCAGUCAUUGUCUUCCAGUGAGAGCCUUCCAGCUUCUCCAACCCACAGCCUGUCUCCUGGCCCCACAACCCCUAGUCGAAGUCCUGCUCCUGAUAUGCCCACUGAUAAUGUGUCGCCUCAAAGUACAUCUCCAUGCUCUAGUACACCAAGCUCACCUGCUGGUCACAUUCGGCGUUCACUGCAGUGUUUAGCACCCAUCGGGGGACAACGUUACAAGGUGGGACGAAGGAAGUCUACAAGCAGCAUUCCACCAUCUCCACUGGCUUGCACUCCAUCGCCUGCUCAUCAGGCACCAUCUUCCCCACAACGUUCCCCUUCUCCUUUGUUGCCUGGACAUUCUAGAGCCAGUCAUGGUGUUUUCCAGGGCAAAACAUUGUCACCUCCUGCCAUUGUACGACAAGGAGCACGUAGCAGGGUAACAGAAGCUCCUCGUUCACCUCUUUUAAAAAGAGUACAGUCAGUAGAAAAGAUGGCAGCCACUUUAAGUGGUCGCAAGACAACACCUCCAGAAAUUCAGCCAUGGGAGGAACCGCCUGAUGGCACAGAUGGUACAUCUGAUACUGGUAGUCGGAAUAAAGAAUGGGGAUCAGAAAAACAUGAGCGUGAUUCAGAAGUAGUAGUUAUGAGGAGGCUUAACCUGUCAGAGAGAAGGGAUUCCUUCAAAAAGCAGGAAGCUGUGCAAGAAGUUAGCUUUGACGAGCUGGAGACAGUGGGGAGUGAUUGUGUUUCUGAAGGGCAGAAAACAGAGGGCAACUCCGUGCUAUGGGAAAGACUGCCCCACCAAACCUCAUGGAUCCAAGCAAGACCAGCAAGUAUAUCAUCAGUAAUUACAGCCCAUGAACAUCACUGCCGCUUAGUGCCACAAAUUGCUGUUCAGACCUCUGAAAGUGAAGAGCAAGACAAGGCCUCUGGACACUGGGAGUGUCAAGCAUUUUAUCCCCUACAGCUUACAAGUAGAGACAAAUGCCAUCUUGUUUCUUGGCUGUCAGAGCCUUCAGCUGCCAGUCCAGAAAGACUGGAUGAGGGUCAUCUUACUCCUAUGCAGCUGUUUUCUGUAGGCGCAGAUGUGCACUUGGAAACUAACAAAGGGGGUAAGAGCAAAGAACGUGAACAGACAGAACAAUCUGUAAAGAAAACAAGCUGAGCUGUUUGCUGGUUAUGACUUUACGGUUGCACUAAGUGUUUUGUAAAAGCUUUCACACUAGAAAUGUCUACAGGACGCAAAGCUUUUUAUAGGACUUCAAGUGUGAGGCCAGGGAAAAGAUAUUAUUUUUUUUUUUUAAUCUUUUACUUUUUUAUGUAAUUUAACUUUCAUUGUAUGGUUUUGAUACUUUGUACUUGUAUUUAUAUAUGAUAUCAGUGGCAUGCCUUGUUUUUUAUUUUAUGGUUCAACCUUGAGUAGGAAAUACGUCAUCUAUGUUACACUCCUAUGCUUGCAUUUCAGUAUUCUAGAUUUACGAUGUUGGUACUACUGCUCAUGCAGAAGGACACCUGCAGCACCCCCAAUGUUGUCUUCUAAAUUACCUUUUAUGUAGUUUUUUGCCAGUAAAAAUACAAUAUUUAAAUUAAAACAGCUGUAAAAACAGAAAAAUUGACUCUGCCUUAAGUUGAGGCGCACUAGUUACCUAUUUGAUGGAGGUCCGAGAUCUCCAGUUAUCUUGUUUCACCUUAGCUGAAGACCAACUUGUUGUCCUAGGUGGCAUAAUAGCUGUUAUUUGGGACAUCAAAACACAGUAACAUAGGAAUGAGGAAUAAGAAUAACCUAGGAAUUCCCUAGUUAGCUUAUGACAAGAGAGCAGGCUCCUACAGAGUAAUGCAAAAAGACUGAGGGAUAUUGAAUGUGAAUAAAUACUGUAUGUAUUCAUUUUGGGAGCGUAGGGUUCCUGAACUGUGGGCUGAAGUAAAAAAUCAACUUUUCUCUAUUCAAGAGGAAACAAUGAAAAUACCACAGUCCACUGUGUCUAUUAAUUUGGCUACAAAUAUUUCCAUUAUUUUUUAUUUGAAGGAUAAAAUGUUUCUUUAAAAACCUUGUGUGAUAUAUGACAAUACCUUAUAUUGCAUUCAUAUGUGAGUCUAUAGAUUUGUUGCCGUCAAAUGCUGUCAUGAACAUAUAUACAUAUCUGGAAGAAUCAAUAUAUACACGCCACCUGUGUAUAAAAAAA